AUGGAAACCAACUGGUUGCAUAUUCUGCUGCAACGGAACACCGCUGAUUCGCUCGAAAGACUCAAAUUAGGAAAUGUGAUACUGUCGGAAGUCUCACACAGAAAAAUCUCGCCGCAUCCGAAACUCGUCAAUGAUUUCCUCGAUGUAAUGUGCCAGUGGCUUUCCGGCAGUAACUUCAAGGUUUCAACGAUCGGUUUGGAAAUUCUGCACGCCGCGUUGAAAACGUCGCCCGAGGUUCUUGCCUCCUACUAUUUUGAUCGACUUAAUGUAUUGAUCGAAAGAAUGGGAGACUCAAAAGCGUCAGUUCGAGAAUUGGCCCUGAAUCUGAUUCUUCAACUUGCAUAUUUGGAGAAUUCGUCGCCGGUGAUGGUGCUUGACCGUUUAUGUAUGUCGACAACCGGUUUCAAUCACAAACAAUUUCUUGUCAAAGUUGGCUCAUUAACAAUUCUCCGCGAAUUUCUCGCUACCAGUUUCGCGCUGGUAAUCCAGCAAACCGUUGACCUUAUACGUCAAAUUUGCGAGCUGACAAAUAGUCCAAAUUCGGAAGUUCGUGAUGCCGCUUCAAACACACUUCUCGAUCUGAUGGUUUUCGGUGGAAUGCAUCUUGUCGAGCGAAUUAUGAAGACGCGAAUUUUGAACGAACAAAAAAUGGCAAUGCUAAUGCAACGCUACCAAUCAACUUUGGCGGUUCGGGGAGACCUUCCUCCGAAACACACCAUUGUCAUGGAACCACAGCAACCUCAACGAAACACUCUCAUGCGUCGAUCAUUGCGAUCUCCAGCGAAAAUCUCGUACCCAGCUCGGCUCUCAACGCCGCCAAGAGCACUUCAAACCCCAGUUACGGUAGCGCAAUCACCAUCCACCGCCAAUCGUUCGCGCGAGAUGCGUCCUGGCACCAUAGGCAGACAGUCGAUGUCGCUAUCACGCUAUAGGAGCUCGAGCUGUGCGCCGUCAGCAGUCUGUGCUGUGAAUGCUGACGAUUUCAGAAAAGCGUUUUCAGCUGUCCCAAAGACGACGAUUUACUCGAAUCAAGAUGUUCGAGACAAAUUAGAACUUGCCAAAUCCGUUCUAAACAAUCCACAAGAGGAUUGGUCGAAGCGAUCGAAUCAACUCAAACUGAUUCGAUCAAUCGUUUUGAAUAGCGAUGAGUAUAUUGAUCGGCAUACACUUGUAUCAUGCAUCAAUGAUUUGGCUGAUGCUCUCGAAUGUUCGGUUCGAGACCUUCGAUCGCAAGUAGUUCGAGAAUCGGCGGUGACUUGUUGCUUCCUUUUCGAAACAUUUGGAAACGAUGUCCGCAAUAUUGCGGAAACUGUGCUGCCUGCGGCCAUUUCACAACUUGCCGUGAGCACGAAAAUCAUGGCGACAAGCGCAGCGACGCUCACACUUUUCAUUGUUGAGAAAAUCCAAUCUCGCCAAGUAUUUUCAAUAAUUAGCGAAAUGGUUUCGUCAAAAGCGAAAGAACAACGUCGGCAAUUGGCAAUUUUACUUGGAGUUCUUCUAACGAAUUGGGAUUCAAAAGCAAAACAACCCAUUUUGCGUCAAAUUGGAGGCAUUGUGCGGAAUUUGUUGAACGACGCGGAUGGCGAAACCCGGGUAGCGGCACGAAAAGUGUUCACUAAACUCGAGCAAUGCCACUCCGAGAUUGCUGAUCAAAUUUUCAUGGAACUUGAUGCAUCAAAGCAAAGAAUGCUUCGUGAAGGUGCUGCGUCAUCGUCAUCAAGUUUGAAUAGUGAUCGAGAGAGCAAUAAACAAAUGAACAUCAGCCAAAAGUUUCUUUCUCAGCGAAGUGCUUCAGCACUUGAUGCAAAAGCUGCUCUUUUGUCGAAGCAACCAUCCACGACCCAUUCGCGGCCAACAACGAAUGGAGGAGCUGGAACACGGCUUCCGAAAUCCACAUCAACAACAUAUGCUAAUGUGAGAUCGACAGGCUACGGAGCGCCGCGUUCGAAAACGCCAGUUAUGUCGACUGGAUUCACUCGUGCCACAUCUCCGACUCCUCCAUCGAACAAAUCGAGCUCUUCUUCGCCAUGCUCAUCUACAAUUCAGACACCAAUCCAGCGAGUUGCAUCCAAUUUGGGAAGCUCAUCUUUCGUUGCUUCUCUUACUCAAGAACAAGCAUCUAGUCUUCAAAUGGCUAUGGAUAAAGCUCGAGAAGAAAUGAAUCGGCACUCUGAAAACGGGGAUGAUGACGAGUUUCUACUUUCGAAUGUCAAGCCCCUUCGAUCUUCUCCGCCAACAGAUCCAAUUGAUCCGAUGAGCAACACUCUGUUAUCGAUUGAGCAUGUUUUAAAGGCGUGUGGGUCGUCAUCUUCGAAUGAGAAACGAGACGCGGUCAAGAUUUUGGCAGGAAUUGUGUCAGAAACAAAAAUAUCUGAUUAUGAAGCGAAAAGAAUCGGUGAUACCCUAUUGAGAUUAAUGGCCGAAGGCGGAAAUACCCUUCUCGUGCCAGUUCUCGAAACAUGUGCAACAUUUGUGAAGAUUCACCAUCAAAAACUCAUUGAGACAUGGUUGAAGCUCGCAUUAGGGAAACUGUUUUCUCGACUUGGUUCUGAAACUCUGCCGAAUGUUCGAGCGACAUUAGCAGCUACGCAAAAAGCAUUUCUCGUAUCGUUUGAUCCCAGCGAUCAGUUAAAAGCUGUUUGCGAAUACAUGUGCGAUCGUGUCAAUCUCCUGAUUCCAAAGGCUCGAUUAGCUCUUCUAGAGCAUCUGUGCUUUUUAAUGGAAGAUAUUUGGCCGGAUGAUCAUCGCUACAUCGAAAGAAACAUCGUUCUCGAUACACCUUACACAAGAAAUGCAAUUUGCAAAAUGUUCGAGUGGAUGUUUGACUCAAGGAAUGGGCCGAUGCUUAUGACGGCGUGUGAACGAUUAAUUUGUGCGAUGUUCGCACUAAAUGCUGCCGAUUUCACAAUGAUUUUCAACGAUCUAAGUCCGGAAUGUCGCGAUUGGGCUCGACGAAUCUUGCAGUUGAAUGGCCAGAACAAGCAAGAAGACAUCACGAAGGAAUCGGAAUCUGAACGAAAUUUGGGUUAUAUUAGAAUGCCAACAAGUUCAUUUUCAGAACCAGAACCGACCAAUGAGUCCACACCACCUCCUCCAGUUCCCGUACCUCGGCCCUCAUACCAAAAUACCGAAUAUUUCUCGUCAGAAACUCCGGCUCGUGUCUCGACAGCACAUUUGGCAUCAGAUUUGGCUGAGCAAUCGAUUUUCAUACGAGCACAGCUAACAACGAUGCAAGACAUGGAAAACGCUGCUAGUGUCAACGAAGCGAUGUCGAAACUGCACGGAAUGAUGUGCGAGGGUUCUUUCACGCUCUGGGCACAAUUCUUUGAUGUUCUUCUGCACGCUGUGUAUCAAGUGCUCGCUGAUAGAUCAUUGGGAAUGAAAAAGAAGAUGGCCCUUCGAAUUCUGAUGAAAAUGUGUAAUGCACAAGCAGCCAAACUUUUCGAUUCCACAGAGAUUCUCAUCUGCAAAGUGCUCGAUGCGGUCACAAAUUCAAACGAUUCGACAAUGGGUAUUGCCGCUGAAGACUGCCUACGAACAUUCGCGAGUCAUUUGCCGCUUCCAAGAAUAAUCAAUACAUCGCAAAGAAUUUUGGAGCAAAACGACGAUACUCGUUCUAUUCUCAUUCUCAAAAUGCUGACGAGAAUGUUCCAAGACAUCGAUGCCGACGAGCUUGCGAUCAUUGUUGACGAAGUGUCGCCCUGCUUCGUGAAAGCCUAUGAUUCCCCAUCUUCAUCAGUUCGUAAAUGUGUCGUAUUUGGAUUAGCAUCAUUGUUGAAUCGUGUUGGUCCUCAACGACUCGAACCACAUUUGCGAAAUUUGAAUCCGAGCCAGCGAAAUUUAAUAGAUCUUUAUGUAAAUCGUGCCAGAACUGCCGAGGGCAAUUCUCCAAGUUUCUAA